AUGUCAGAACUAAAUGCUGUCGUCGAAUUUAUUAAUAAUCCAACUAUAAACAAGACUUCUCAGGAAAUAAGUAAUUUGAUUUAACCGUUAAUGGAAAAAAAUAUAAACCUCAUAUAUGAUGGACUAACAUAUUGUUAACUAUCUGGAGAGAUAAUAGGGAAAUAAAAAAAAGUUGAACUGAAACUGCCUGAUAAUCAAACAUUUAGUGUUUUACAGGAAUAGUUAAAGAAAAUAAUAGAAACCAAUUGUUUUAUUAAUGGAAUAUUUGAUCCAUUUUAUUCAACACUAUAUGGAGUUUAGUUUAUUUAGGAAUCCUAAAAAAAAUAAGCGUUUACUGAUCCCAUAAAUAUAGAAAUCACAGAUGAUAUUCUUAGAUUAGUUUAUGAAGAUAAAUUCGAUAAAAUAAAGGAAGAUAAUAGCACUAAAAAUUUUUAUGAAGAAAGCCAUAGAAAUUUGGAAGAUUUUGUUAAGACUCUACCUAUAAAAUGCCAUAAAACUUAGAAAGAAAUUCAAAUCUUAAAGGAUGGAUUUAACAUCCAAAGUUUAUGGUUUAGUCUGGAGGGAGCUCUGAAGUUGUUAGAAACUAAUAAGGAAGUAUUCUUCACUCAUCAAUGCGAAUUUUUGGAUAAAUAUAAGAAAAUGAUGUAAAUUUGA